AGCGUCUCUAGCCAAGCUGGCUUAAACUGUUUAGAGGUUCCUCUGAAAUUUGGAAGGAAAAAUACUAAACUGUGAGAAGAAUCUUGCUGCUCCUCCCCCUGGACUCUGUCUGAAGCUGGAUUUUUUUCUUGUUGGAGAAGAGAAUCUGCCUGAACUGAAGUUGCUCAUUUGAGACCAACCAUACAGCAGGUUUAGCUGCUCUCUCUUGACUGCAGGAAUUCAGUGGGGCCAAAAGUACCAAUAGUUGCUGGAGUGGUUUUGUGGGCUGUUUGGGAGUUGCAAUCAGGCUUCCAAGGGGAUCGCUUACAUCCUAGAGGUUCCUCAAGAAGUUUAAUUUUCAACUGUCAGCUAAAAAAGGAAGGAAGGAAGAAGACUGGAAUUUAGGCGUCUUCAUCUAAUGCCUGUCAGAUCUGGGAGCACUGUAAAGGAAGCACUGGAGUACCAGGCAAUACUGACUGGUGCACAUCUUAACAAGGUCUCCUAGCAACCUUUCCUGUAUGAAUGGCUGAAUGACAGCAGGAGCAGACGGGUAAAUCGAUGAGCUUGCCUUGGGAGCCUAUAAAUAGGCAAAAUCAGAACGCACAAUGGGUCAGAAAGUCACAGGUGGGAUAAAGACUGUGGAUAUGAGGGACCCUGUAUACAGGCCGUUGAAACAGGAACUCCAAGGACUUGACUACAGCAAACCCACACGUCUAGACUUGCUACUGGACAUGCCUCCAGUGUCAUACGAAGUGCAGUUAUUGCAUUCAUGGAACAAUGACGAUCGCUCGCUGAAUGUAUUUGUGAAAGAGGAUGACAAACUCAUAUUUCACCGGCAUCCGGUGGCUCAGAGUACAGAUGCCAUCAGAGGCAAAGUGGGAUAUACGCGAGGACUGCAUGUGUGGCAGAUCACGUGGGCAAUGAAGCAGCGAGGCACGCAUGCUGUGGUUGGGGUGGCCACAGCAGAUGCCCCUCUGCACUCAGUAGGGUACACAACACUUGUAGGAAACAACCAUGAAUCUUGGGGCUGGGACCUUGGGCGCAACAGAUUGUACCACGACGGCAAGAACCAACCAAGUAAGACCUAUCCUGCCUUCUUAGAACCAGAUGAAAACUUCAUCGUGCCAGACUCCUUCUUGGUGGUUCUGGACAUGGAUGAUGGGACGCUGAGCUUCAUUGUAGAUGGGCAAUACAUGGGUGUUGCAUUUCGGGGACUUAAAGGGAAAAAGCUAUAUCCAGUGGUAAGCGCAGUGUGGGGACACUGUGAAAUACGGAUGCGCUACUUGAAUGGACUUGACCCUGAACCACUGCCUUUGAUGGACUUGAGUCGGCGAGCUGUGAGGCUUGCUCUGGGCAAGGAAAGACUGAAUGAGAUCCCUACGCUGCCACUGCCAGCGUCCCUCAAGAGUUACCUGCUCUACCAAUGACUUUCAUGUUCAAGGACAGAGCUGGAAGCAAGGCAAAAUACCAGAGCUGAGUUGACCCACUGAGCAAUGGGUUCUGCACCCUCGUGUCAUUGCUACUGUUGGAACUCCUUGGCCAAAGUAUUCCUGCCACUGCUUAAGUCUCCAUGUGCCCUUAUUCGCAGCUGUAGUUCUGUUCUUUGGAAGUCAUUUCCCCAGCAGACUUACAAAAAGAACAUUUACAGAAGCUCUGUGCUUCCCUGUGUUUCCUGAGAAAAGGCUGCACUGCAUCUUUUGGGUUGUAGAGCCUAGGAGUGAAUGAUUUUUCUGUGCUAGCUAAAGGGAAGAGGAUGAUUUUGGGAAAGGGAAGACAUUGGGAGUAGAAAUGUUAAGACCGGGUACUAAGAAUGGAAAGGCAUGGGAUGGCCAGUAUUAUUAAGGAGAGUCUGGGAUACCAAGAAGAAUUAAUUACUGAGCUUUUAAAAACCAAAAUAAAAAAAACCUGCCCUCAAACCUGGAAACACCAAAAAUAAUAACCCUUCCACUAGGGCACUUAUUUUUAAGGAAGUGGUUGUGUCACUAAUGUCUGUAUCUCUGCCAGGAUUUUUCACUGUGCUCUAAUGUUAAUUCAUGGACAGCCAAUCCUGCCUUCUUGUUGAUCAUCGUUGCAGGAGUACUCCUGCUCCAUCCUGUGUUCUGCCUCCUCUUAGCGGGUUUGACUCAGCUGGGUGAGCAGGCUCAUCAUGCCUUUACCUGCCCUCUUCUUGACUUAAACCUGGAGGUUUUAGUCUGGGAUCAGGAGUUCCUUGCUGAUGUGAGGACAGGGAAGGGACAAAUCUCUCCUGCAAUAGGGUGAGAGUGUCUGAAUGAGCUGAGAUCGGUUAUAAAGCUACAGGUCCUGCCUUCUUGGGUCUGCUUUCAGUAUAGCCCGUUCCACAUUAAGGCCUUAGAGAAAGAUACUCGAGUUUCUCUGAUGGCUCUGCCAGGGAAUUCUCUUCUUAGAUAAGCUGCUUAAAGUCACCCAAAUCAGGUUUUGUUCUGACAUAGACUGUUGACAUAAUCUCCACCUAACGAUGCAGCAGGAAUAGUUCUCUCUUUCUUGCCUGCGGGUGGGAAGUUGUCCCAGAGAAGGUGGUAGCAGUGUGGCUGCAGAAAUAGCAUCAGCAGAUGAGAAAUCCAGAAGGCGAUUGCUGUGGAAUGUAACUCGUGAGACAUUCGGAGGCCAGUGGGGUGAUCUUCAAGUACAGCAAGAAGAAACUGAACUUCUGCAGAGCUGGGUGUGGGGAGCAGGAGAGAACUGCAAUAAACAGGACAACCAAUUGAGGCAAAAUCAGCAUGUCCCAAGUAGGUUAUCACCUCAGUAGCAAAGUAAAGAGGAUGACACUCCUUAACCAGCAGGAGCUGUUCUCUCGACCUAUCCACAGGUUACUAUGCUGCCUUUCUGGGGUUAUUUUGCACAUUUCUUUGUCUUGAAAAAUGUUUGUGUGGUUGGUUUUUUUUUUUUCCUCUUGAUUGAAUUAUCCUUUCAGUUCUGUUUAGGUACAAAUGAGUUUAGUUAUUGAAAAUGUUAAUAUAUAUUUGUGGUUUAUGUAUAAGAACAUGUUUAAAACAGCUGCUGUAGGGUACCUUUUUGAAAUAAACUACUUGCAUAGUAUAUUUUUAAAGCACAGAAUUGGUGCCAAGACUGGGUGGGGUGUGUUUUGCCCCUUUUUUAAUCUAAUGUUAUAUGAUUUUAUUUUUUUUUUUUAACAUAGGGUUUGUAUUAGUUUCUGUUAAAGGGUGGGACACAAGAAAAUUCAGUGUGUAUGGACACAAGAAAAUUCAGUGUGUAUGGAGCACUACUUGGUUGCCUUCAACUUGAACCAUUGUCUUCCAGAACUCCAGGGAAGCAGCUGUGUUCUCCCUACUUCUAAUGCCCUUUGUGCUCCCUUGUUUCCAUCUCUUCUCACUUCACCAGUACAUUGCUUUGUACGGUUUUAAAUUCUGACUUUCUAUUUUACGACUGUAGAUAAUACUCAGUAACCUAAUAAACAUUAUUAAAUAUUA